AUGUUUACUUUCGCCGGCACACGGGAGCACGCUGCGCGCAAAAAGAUGUUUGCGCACGCUUACGCAAAAUCCAUGAUGCUGAAAGGCAAAAAUGCGACUAUAAUUGAGAAAAACGUACGACUGUACCUGGAAUUGAUCGAGCGCGAGCAAGCCAGCGAAAUCUUCUCGUCUUUACACUACUUCUCUAUGGAAACUAUCACCGAGUUCCUUUAUGGCAAGUCGGGUAAGACCUUUUCUCUCGAAGGCAGCCGAGACCACCGCGCUCUAAUCAACGACAUCGUGGACCCUGCACGCCGUAAAUACACCUGGUUCGUCGUCCACAUGCCACGAUUUACUGGCUGGUUGUAUUCUCAAACAGGUUUCUUUAGUCAUAUGCUUCGUGGUUUCCUCCCAAUGCAAACACCGACGACAUACACGGGAGCUAGGGCGCAUGCUAUGACGGCAUGUCAGACUUACGCUAGUGCUAGUACUGAAAUCGAAGGCAAGGACUUUGCGUUGAUUGCAAAAUUGUGGGAACAUCACUAUACGAAGAAGGGCGGCAAACUAGACGAUGUUGAUAUCGCAGCGGAGUGUGCGGAUCACCUUCUUGCCGGCAUCGAUACCACAAGCGACACACUUAUGUUUCUGAUCUGGUCGCUUUCCCGCCCCGAGCAUCGCGGAAUCCAGGAAAAACUCAGGAACGAAGUAAGAGCGUUGUCGAAUGACAGCUUGAAUGCUGAAGGCAUUCCAAAUGUGGAAGUCGCCGACAAACUACCCUUUGUCAAUGCAGUUAUCAAGGAGACACUCCGGCUGUUUUCUCCCUUGCCAGCCUCGGAACCUCGUACUUCACAAAUACCAACGGUAAUCGAGGGAUACACGAUUCCAGCAAGGACAGUCGUCUCGGUUUCACCAUACUCACUACACAGAAACAGCGAGGUAUUCGCGGAGCCGCUCAAAUUCAACCCAGACCGGUGGCUCGACCCCUGCGAGAACAUCGCCGAAAUGAACAGAUGGUUCUGGGCUUUCUCGAGUGGGGGCCGCAUGUGUAUUGGACUGAAUUUGGCGAUGGCCGAGAUGACCACCUUGGUGGCAGCCCUCUAUCGUAAAUAUGCAACUACGACAACUGCCGGGUUUGAUGUAAUGUCCCCUGGGGUGACCAGCAGAUUCGAGAUGUUAUACGACGAAAACUGCAGCGGAGUGCGGGAGCACCAAUGUCAAAUCAAAUUCAUGGCAGUACCAUGA